UUAUAUUUGACUCUACUGGGCGGGACCAGAAGUAGCCGUUCAGACGCUUUUCAUGAACUGUCAAGUGAAACAGUUAGCUGUCUUGAAACCAUUUAGAAACCUAGAUAAACCGAUAUAUUUGACAAUCGGAAAAUACGCAUUUGUUUGUUGAGGCUACGUUUAAGUCGCAUUAUAUUCCUCUUCUGUUGUCAUCAUGGGCGAGGUGGAGCUGUCCUGUCGCGCUUAUGUGAAGAUGUACCUGCACUCCUGCCUGUUUCCGCGGUGCAGCAUCAACGGGCUGCUGUUGUCGUCCACUUCGGCAGGCGGCGCUGUGUGUGUGACAGACUGUGUACCGCUGCUUCACUCCCACCUGUCCCUAGCUCCCAUCACUCAGCUGGCCCUCACACAGGUGGAUGUGUGGUGUUCACAGACUCAGCAGAGGAUAGUGGGAUACUAUCAAUCCAACGCCUGCGUAUCAGAUAGUAGCCCGACACCGUGUGCACUGAAGAUAGCCGAUAAGAUUGCUGAGCAGUUUGACAACGCAGUUAUGUUAAUGCUUGAUGGCAGUAAGAUGUCUCCAGACUUUCGGGUUCCUCCCAUCGUGAUGUACGAACGCAAAGAUUCAAGAUGGAUGCUCAAAGACAAACACACGAUAAUGCUGAGACAGUGGGAGGAGACUCAGGCGAUAGCCAGUCAGAUGCUGGAGUCGGGCGAUCACACACUAUUGGUGGAUUUUGACAGCCACUUGGACGACAUAACAAAGGACUGGACCAAUCAGAAACUUAACACCAAGAUAGCAGAGCUCGCCUCGCCGGCCAACGGGAGCAUGUAGACUGAGAAGUAGCAUCAGUUUGUACUAGAGCCCAGAUUUAUUUAUGUUCUGACCCAACGCCAUCGUGAUUUUUAUAACCCGACACAACCACACAGAGUUUAGGAUUAUGUUCAUUUUUAAUGCAUUUUCUCGACUGAACAGAGAUAACAUAGAACAUGCGAAAAUAACAAAAUAUUUACAGCUUAGUAGAUCUCUGCAGUCUUCCUCUGUACAUAACAAGCUCCAAGAGGGUGGACAAAAUAACAGAAACACCUUACAAUACAAAAGUCCUUCAGUUAAUACAUAUUUGUUGUAGCUCAAAAUGUUAUAUGUGCGAUAAUAUAUAUUGCGAUUUAUUACCUUUUUUCAACUGCAAAUUAUGGAAAAAGAAGGAAAACUUUGUCAACAUCUGUUCUAUCUAAUAAGAUAAAGUUUUAAGUCUUCAGCUCACUGUUUUGACCAACUUCCUACCAAUCCUGCUGUCCUCACUAGAAAAAAACUCAGCACCAUCUAGUGGACUGAAAAACCAAUUGAUUUUAUUAUUCUAGUAAAAAGUAAAAAUUUUUGUGGUUGCAGUAUUAAUAAUUUAUAUAAUGUACGAUUGAUGCUUGGCGUCUAUGUAUUGAUAUAAUAUUGCCACAUAAAAUAUCACAAUACUAUGCUGUAUCGUUUUUUCCGUCCCCUUCCCCUAAUAAACAUUUAAUACAUUUUUUAUAAUCCACUAAUGUAAGCAGACUUAAGUGUUUAUAUAUUUGUCAACAACUAUAACUCCUGUGGGCACCCAUAAGUGGAGGGUGCUGUAUAAAUUAAUACAUUAAUAAACAUUUAGAAUAUAACUACAUUUAUUAAAUGUUUAUAUAGUGCAUAUUAAUGCUAAAUAGUGGGUUAAAGUAAAGUGUUACAGUGGUAAUCAGGAUCCCACUUAAAAGCACCAAUAUGUCCUGUCAAGUGUCUGUUUUGCAGCAUUUGCGACAGAUGCACCAAAUAUUCAGGCAGCAACUACGUGCCACUUUGUAGCUCUGCGUCUUGCCUCAUGUUUCUUUGAAAUCAUCAGAUUGCUUUUAAAGCUGAAACACGCGCUGCUUCUUUGUUUUAACUUAACUUUCUUGUGUAGCUGCCUUUUGUGAUUUACAGUACAGUUGUUCCUGCAUGAACUGCUGGUGCAUCUGUGGCAACUUCUACAAAAUUAUGUAAUCUGUCAAGAGGAAAUGUCUUGUAAAUCAUGUUGUCAAAAACAGUCAACUGCUUUAGGAAAGAGGAACAUUGUUUCCAUGCACGAACCUGCACGACAUCUAGCAGGAUAUUUGCUUGACAACAUGCCAAACUACCACCUUUUUAAAAAAAAUGACCACCAAGUUAUAUAAAGCCUCAACAAAAACCAAAUAGUCUGAGCUUCAACAGACUGUAUUUACUGCAAAACGUUUGUACUGAAAUGUAGGAUGUUUUUGUACUUUUGUUUCCCCCUUACGCACCCAAAACAACUUUUUAAAAUGUCUAAAGCAGUCAGAAUUUGGCAUAACUCUCAAAACACUAAUCCCAAGUCUACACCCAUUCUCUCUUAAAAGGUCGAAGUUAACUGUGUACACUCUUGUAAAUUAGAUAAGUUUAUCAAAUGGUAACUAAAAAUACACUGGAUGUCACAGACAGAUGAUUUCUAAUAGUGGAGGAGUAUAGUCACUGCUUCAAACCUCAAGUCUCCUCGAGAGUGUGAAACUUUUUAUCUAUCAAAACACAACCAUCAACACAUAUUUGUAAAUGUAUCUGUGUUCUAACAUGAAACAUGACUACCUGGAGUUGGAUUUGAGUAGAUUAACAGGUGUUACAUUAAAAAAAAAAAAAGUGACAAAUUAUUGCAAGAUACAUCUUUGCUCACUGCGGCUACUCUACUGAACUAUUUUGGGUUUUUAUUGCAGCCUUUUAUAUAGUGCUGUAGUAUAAACACAAUAGUCAUCAGUUGCUAAGAGCAGUAGUUCCCAACCUUUUUAGCUUGUGACCCCGUAAAACAAAGCAAUGUCUAUAGCAUCUGUGACCCCUGUUACUGGCCGCAUGUGUACAAAUUGUGAUUUGAAAUAUUUUUUUCAUUUGAAAACUUCAUAAAACACCUAAAACCACUAAAAUGAUCCAAUAAUUGACAAGGAAAAAAAGCAAAGAUUAGUUCAUAUCGGGAAGCAGACAUAUAAUUUUCUGCUCCCCUGUCCUGUUAAUCUUCUCUUGACCCCCUCGGAUCUAACACGGGACCCUUUCUGGGCCUCCACCCACAGGUUGGGAACCACUGGCUUAAGAGGAAAACAGACGUGCAGCUAUGAUCAGAGAACUGAGUUAACAUCACAUUUCCAGAUACUCAAGGAAGAAAGACGACUAGAGCUGCAACUAACAAUUAUUUUCAGAAUCAAUUAAUCAUUAUGUGUAUGAAAUGUUCAAAACAGUGGAAUAAAAGGCGUUAUUAAUUCUU